AUGAGCGCCAAAAGGAAGAGCGCUGGUCAUCAACGUCUGUAUGCCGAGUCGCAGGCUCGAAAAGAGAGGAUGGAGAAGUUGGCCCAGGCCGUGAAAGCGGAGGAGGACAAGGAAUGUACCUAUCAGCCCAACUUGCGGAAGUCAUUGGGCCGAUACAGGCCCACGAGCAGUUCCAAUUUGGGUGGCCGCAGAUCUCCGAUUGGCAGUGGUGGGGUUCAUGAGAACCUCUAUCGUGAGAGGGCUGCCAGAGAUGAGCGCAUCCGGAAGAUGAGAGAGGAGAAGAAGGCUCUGGAGGUCUGCAGUAUGGGCUCUCGAAGUACCCCUAAAACGCCGAUGGGGAAGGAUCUUCAUGCCUCUCUCCACGAUGAGGCGCAUAAGCGGAAGGCGGAGGCUGAAGCUGUAGAGAAGGAGAAAGAGGAGAUGGUUAAAUCACUCCCCCAUGCCUCCAGGAGGACACCCGUCGGAGUUGGUCUAAGUGAUGGUCUUUUAUUUGAGGAGUCCAAGAUGAAAAAUGAUGAUGCUUUGAUGAUGAGAGUGAAGGAAAAGGAAGAGAGAAAGGCGGCUGUCCUUGACAAGG